ACGUGUCAAAGUAGAAUACACAUGAAAUACAGAAGGUUUAUCAGCAGAAUAUUACCCAGAGCAACAUAAAGCAUGAAGACAAAUAUGUAAAUGUUUUAAAGUAAUUAUGGUGUUUUAAAUUACGUUUAUCAUCAGGACACCAAACUGAACGUUUGCUAUGUUUCCACACGGACGGUUUUAAUUGCCAGAUGUGUGCACCAUGAGGGAUUUUGAUGACAAACAUACAUCACUAAGCCAAACCAAAAUCCAUUACUACUACGCCAAACCAAACACCAAAACAACCACCCUCAUGAUGACUUCCCUUCCUCCUCCUUCUCUGACAGCCGCUCUAAGGAUUUUUAAUUAAGUAAGUCAAGAGAAGACAAGCAGUUUCUACCAAAAUGUAAGUCAUCAACCUCAGGGGAGUACUCAGCAGGAGAAAUCUGCUCCUCUACUGAAAGGGUAAUCACUGACACCGCCGAUGGAGCAGGUGUGGACUCCACUGGUGAAGGACAAGCAUGAUACCUUUUCAAUAGGUUAAUGUGAGAUUCUCGGCUACUAUGUGUAAGACCAGGUGUACUAAGAACGUAGUUAGUUAGACUCAAUUUUUGCUUCACCACUGCUGUUCUCUAAACGUUGACAAAACCAAGUGAUGGUUGUUGACUUCAGGAGAGCACAGAGCGGCCAUUCUCCACUGAUCAUCGAUGGAUCCUCCACGGAGAUUGUCAAGAGCACCAAAUAUCUUGGUGUACAUCUGCCGGAAAACUUCACCUGGUCACUCAAUUCCAGCUCGAUCAAGUAGCAGAAGCAGAGAGGAGCCUUUAAAAGCUGAACGUAAUCAAUGGGAGAGACCCUGGGUCAUGGCAUGGUUCACCCAGGGCGUCAUUCAAGCGAGAACCACCAUUGCCGAAGUCCCAGACACACGGCACUAAAGCAAGACACAGGAGUAUUGCAUCCGGAGUAUUUCUGGGUGACAUGAUGUGCAUCAGGGAUAUAUGCUUGAUUAUCUUGGCUUUUACAUUGACUUCCAAAGCAAAUGAAUACAAAGAGCGAGCACUGAGGCUGAUGUCUGAGACCCCAUUAAUAGAUGGACACAAUGAUUUGCCAUAGCAACUGAUGAGACAGUUUAACAGUCAGCUAAAUACAGUGGACCUGUAACUUCAAUCCACGCACACCAACAUUCCUAAGAUUAAAGAUGGACACCUAGCAGCACAGUUCUGGGCUGCAUAUGUCCCAUGUGAAACUCAGUAUAAAGAUGCUGUUAGACAGACCUUGGAGCAAAUCGAUGUACGAAUGUGCAACAAAUAUGCAAAAGAGUUUACGUUUGCAGCCAGUAGUCAAGACAUACUGGAUGCCUUUGCCAACAAUAAGACAGCAUGUCUAAUCGGCGUGGAAGGAGGUCACUCCAUAGACAGCAGUAUGGGAACCUUGCGCACCAUGUAUCAGCUGGGAGUACGCUAUCUAACUCUUACACACAGCUGCAGCACACCCUGGGCAGAUAACUGGCUGGUGGAUACAGGCUCAGAUCCUGUGAAGCACAAUGGCCUGAGUGCAUUUGGCAAGCGUCUGAUUGGUGAAAUGAAUCGCAUGGGCAUGAUGGUGGACCUGGCACAUGUGCCUGAACAAGUGAUGAACCAGGUGCUGGAGAUCUCCAAAGCACCCAUCAUCUUCAGCCACUCUUCUGCCUACAGCAUCUGUCCUCACAAGAGAAAUGUCCCAGAUUACAUCCUUCAGAAAGUGAAAGACAAGAACGGUAUUGUAAUGGUGAAUUUCUACAAUGAAUAUGUCACAUGUGGCCCGAAGGCAAGCAUCUCAAAUGUAGCUGAUCACUUUGACCACAUCAAGAAAGAAUUUGGUUCCAGCAUUGUGGGUUUUGGUGGUGAUUAUGACGGUGUGGACAGAUUGCCAACUGGUCUGGAGGAUGUUUCCAAGUAUCCUGACCUGGUAGCUGAACUGCUAAAACGUGGCUGGACAGAUGAUGAGGUCAAAGACGCUCUUGGAAGAAACCUCAUUAGAGUGUUUAAGGCUGUUGAAGCGAUACGAGACAGCCAGAACAGCACGGCUCCUGACGACAUCCCCAUCCCCCUGGAGCAAGUCCAGAACCAAUGCAGGACAGAUUACGGCUAUCCGGUUCAGCCUAAUGCUGCAGCCAUGACAACGCACUGCUUAAUGAUUUUAGUUUCAACACCAAUCUUAUAUUUGCUGAUUGACAAGUUGAUAUAAUUAUACACCUACAGCAUUCCAGCUAUACACAACCUUUUAGAGAUAUUUAAUCUUACAGACCUGUUUUUAGGUAAAUUAAAUGUACAAAAUCCUGUGUUUUAUCUGUCUGUCAUUAAAGGCAUGCCCAUCACCCCAUUCCAGGCUAUUCAAAAAGUAAAACAUGGUGGAAUCUAGUUAGAUAUUUGAUGUGCUUCCAAAAAAGUCUGAUAAGAAAACAUAAGACAUGAUACUCUACAAACCUGGGUUUACCACAUGACCUUAAAUCUAAAUGACUGCUCAGGAUAUGCAAAGUAAAGCAAUUCUUAAAUGAGUAUUUACAGAAUACUAGGAAAUCAGGUUCAGACGAAUUUCACAUUUAUUGUUGCACAUGUUGGCUAUCAGCUAGUUAAUUCACAUAAUAAGCCACAGGUCAAAAACGCUAACACCAUUACCUAUUUUAUCAAACUGGCAAAGUCAUUCCAUUGUCUUUGUAUUUUACCUGUUUAAACUUUAGUGCUUCAAUGUUGACUAAUGCACCAUUUAAAACAUUUAACAUAUACAUUAUAUAACUCCAACCAUAUUCAAGUUAUGAUCCCACCCUCUGUAAAAGUAUUAAUUAAACCUAACAGCACAUCUAAUAGCAAGACAAGAAUAAAAAAAAAAAUCUGAAAAGAAUGCAAAGGCAAUAAGCAUUACAUAUGAGAGGAUCCCAAAACUGUUCAAUAUUACGAAAUGUAAGAAUCGCUGUCACAAAAGAAAAUAAAAGUGUUAUAUGACUGUCAUAAUUUUUAAUGUUAUGUCUCCCCCUAGUGGUCGUCUUGUGUGUUCUUAUACGACGGUCCUGAGUUUUGAACGAUCUCUCUCUCUCUCUCUCUCUCUCUCUCUCUAACUGAGGAAGCUGCUCCUUUUGUUUUAUAUAUUCAAAAUGUAGAGACAUGUUUUAGAGGGGUGUCAAACUCAAAUUCACAGUGGGCCCAAAUUAAAAACUGGGACAAAUCCUCAGGAUUGGGUGAAGGUGUUCAUCAGUGAGACUCCUGAGUGGUGUUUUGUUCAUCUUCAUCAAAGAGAACAGUUGCUCACAAAGAUAUUUGAUGCCGAUCAUAGAGAGCGUUUGAGCAGCUUGGGCACGGAGUUGGAACAGUGUGUCGGGGAGGAAACAUGGAAACUGUGCAGCACACACAGAGUCGUACUUUGAUCUCGCGGGCCAAAUAUAAUUAAUUCAAUUCAA